AGUAUGCGUCGAUCAAUAUAAGAAAGGGUGUUCCAUUGAACCUGCGAAAUAAACAUAAGCCUAUUUACAGUUGCAAUACACAACUAAAAUGGAAAGGAAAGUUUGCAUAGUGGGAGCAGGAAUAAGUGGUUUGUUAGCAUGCAAAUAUGCCCUUGCUAAGGGUUACCACCCCUUAGUUUUUGAGUCACGAAGCGCCAUUGGUGGUGUUUGGACUCAAACUGUAGAGACAACAAAGCUUCAAACUCCUAAACCCUUGUUCCAAUUUUCUGAUUUCCCUUGGCCUUCUUCUUUGGAAACACUUUAUCCUGAUAAAAACCAAGUUUAUGAUUACAUUAAGUCUUAUUCUAAUCAUUUUGAUUUGCUAAAACACGUUAGAUUUAACACCAAGGUUUUGAGUAUUAAAUUUGAAGGUCCAUCUCAUGAAGAGAUCCAAUCUUGGGCUCUUUGGGGUGGUAAUGGUGAACCCUUUGGCAAUAAGGGUAAAUGGAUUGUCACCAUACAAGAUCUCCUCAACCAAUCAACUGAGGUGAUGCAUGUAGAUUUUGUAAUCUUGUGUGUUGGACGAUUCAGCGAUCUACCAAACAUGCCACAUUUCCCCUCGGGCAAAGGGGCAGAGGUAUUUGAAGGGAAAGUCAUGCAUUCUAUGGAUUAUUCUGCAUUGGGCGAUGAAACUGCUAGGAAUUUGGUCAAGGGGAAGCGAGUUAUAGUGGUUGGCUCCCAAAAAUCUGCCCUUGACAUAGCUAUGGAAUGCUCAAUUGCUAAUGGGGUAGAACAUCCAUGCACAUUAAUAUGCAGCACUCCACAUUGGAAUGUACCAGACCAUUUCCCUUGGGGAGUUCCUCUUACAAGCUUGUAUUUGAACCGCUUCGCUGAGCUAUUGCUUCAUAAGCCAAGAGAAGGGUUUUUUCUCAGUCUGCUAGCCACAUUGCUUACGCCUUUGAGAUGGGGGAUUAGCAAAUUUGUUGAGUGUGAUAUUAAGAAGAGACAUCCUCUGAAGAAAUUCAACAUGGUACCGGAUCAUAGCUUCCUACAAGAGGUUAGCUCUUGUAUGUUUUCUACUGUUCCACAAGGGUUUUACGACAAUGUUGAGAAAGGAAGCAUCCUUUUGAAACGAUCCCCAGCUUUUAGCUUCUGCAAAGAGGGUGUUCUACUUGAUGAUAAUAGUACUAAACUGGCGGAAUCUAUUAAGAGCGACUUGGUUAUUUUUGCUACUGGAUUUAAGGGUGAUCAGAAGCUCAAACACAUCUUUGAAUCUCCCAAAUUUAAGGAUUAUAUUUUUGGCUCCUCCAACAAAACACUUUCACUAUACAGGGAAUGUAUCCAUCCACGGAUUCCACAGCUUGCGGUGAUUGGAUUCUCGGAGAGCAUAGCGAACUUGUACACUUCAGAAAUAAGGUGUCGUUGGUUAUUUGAACUACUCGAUGGAAAAUUCAAAAUCCCAAGUAUUCAAGAAAUGGAGAAAGAUGUCUUGGAAUGGGACAAGUUUAUGAAGAGGUACUCAGGCAAGUACUAUAGAGGAUCUUGUAUUGGAGCAUUGCACAUUUGCUACAAUGAUCAGCUUUGCAAGGACAUGGCCUUGAACCCAAAGAGAAAGAAGGGGAUUUGGGCCGAGUUGUUCGAACCUUAUGGCCCAAUAGAUUAUGCAUCACAUUAAUUAUGUACGGUGUGGCUAUUACUCCGUUGCCAGUGGAUUACAGUAUUACACUAUGCUGUCAUUGAUUAGAUAAAAAAACCCUUGGGUGUACAGUGCACAUAAUAAAUUUCAGUCAUUGAUCGGGAUAGUUGGAUGCGUUAUUGUGAAA